GAAUAGGAGGAGUCAUGCAGUGUCAUUGAGAAAAACAACAAGAUUAUUAAAUAUGGGCACUGCCGUCUCUCGUGUGUCAGCUAGUUCGGAGGCGUAAAGGGGAUCCCUGGCUGUGCCAAAGACUAAGGUGGAGAUUUGCAGAGCCGAUAAGUAAAGCCGGGAUUAGGAUCUGUGGGCAACCAGCGUGCGCUCUAAUCCCGGCAGCCGGGUGGCCGGCAGAGAGAGAGAGCGAGAGCGAGAGAGCGAGAGAGAGAGAGAGAGGGGAGGUAGCCGGACGCUGGGGAAACGUGAGCCAGAGAGGAGCCAGAAUCCGAGAGAGGCGGUCGAGACCUGUGGAGUGGCGGUGGCGGCGGCGGCGGUGGCGGCGCUGGUGAAGAGGGACCUUUUUGCUGGCGACAGGAGAGAGCUCUGGAGAGUCCCCCCGGGGGCGGCUUUUCGUGCUGAAGACAUCAUGUUCCGCUGAGCGGGGCCACAAAGGAGCCUCGGCAGCAGGAGGAGGAGGAGGAGGAGGAGGAGGAGGAGGAAGAGGAAGAGAGGGAGGGGGGAAGACGUGCUCCUCCGCGUUUGGGAGCAGGGGAGGUUGGCAAUCACAGCGCCCUCGGCACACUCAACACCAGGCUCUCUCUCUCUCUCUUUCUUUCGUUCUCUCUCUUUCUUUCACUCUCUCUCUCUCUCUCUUUCGCUGCCUCUCUCUCUCUCUCUCUCUCGAUUAGUUUGAGUCACAGGUGAUGAGGGGCCGGUGGCGCCAAGAGCCGAUCUGUCAGCAGCGACCACCAGCUCCUCUCCCCCUCGUCCACUUUAGCAUCUGCCCGUUUCUGAGGGCUUUUUAGGAUGCGGAGACGCAUGGACACGCCUGAGGUCAGAGUGGCCACUGAGGACAAGAUGCAGAGUGUUUGCUGAUGAUCCAUCUGCUGUGCCUCUUUGACAGUGUGUCACCUGAAAAAGACCAGACCUCCUUGCCAUGAGUUAAACUCCUUCCUGCCCCCUCACCCCCUCCUUUCCACCUGCCCCCACCCCGCCCCACCCCCUCGCCCCCAGGACGGGAUGACGGCCGUGCACCCAUCUGAGGCGGGCACUUCCUCCUCCGCCAGCUCCGUGCCCGCGGUGCGCCCCGGUGCAGCCGUGGCCCCUGCGGCCCCCCCUGGGGGCCCCUCUCAGCGCUACGCCCGCUGGAGCCGGCAGGACAGCUCGGACAUCUGCACGGACGACGAGGGCGGCGGGGGCCCGCCGCGACGCCUCUCGCCCCUGGAGAAGCUCAACCUGGACAUGUGCCAGGACGAGAGGGUGGUGCGCGAGCUGACUGUGGGCCGGCGCAUCGGCUUCUACAAGGUGCGCGGCGAGAUCGGCUGCGGCAACUUCUCCCACGUCAAGCUGGGCAUCCAUGCCCUGACGAAAGACAAAGUGGCCAUCAAGAUCUUGGACAAGACCAAGCUGGACCAGAAGACACAGCGUCUGCUCUCGCGAGAGAUCUCCAGCAUGGAGCGCCUGCACCACCCCAACAUCAUCAGGCUCUACGAGGUGGUGGAGACCCUGACGCGCCUGCACCUGGUGAUGGAGUACGCGGCCGGGGGAGAGCUCUACACCAAGAUCAGCACCGAGGGGAAGCUCUCGGACAUCGACUGCAAGAUCGUCUUCUCCCAGGUCCUGUCGGCCGUGAAGCACAUGCAUGACAACAACAUCAUCCAUCGGGACCUGAAGGCGGAGAACGUGUUCUACACCUGCAGCACCUGCGUCAAGGUGGGCGACUUCGGCUUCAGCACGGUGAGCCGGCGCGAGGAGACCCUCAACACGUUCUGCGGCUCGCCGCCGUACGCCGCGCCCGAGCUCUUCCGCGACGAGCACUACAUGGGCGCCUGCGUGGACGUGUGGGCGCUGGGCGUCAUGCUCUUCUUCAUGGCCACGGGCACCAUGCCCUUCCGCGCCGACACCGUGGCCAAGCUCAAGCGCUGCAUCCUGGACGGCGCCUACGCCAUCCCGGCCUACGUGCCCGAGCCGUGCCAACAGCUGCUCCGCGGCGUCCUCCAGCCGCAGUCGAGCGACCGCCUCACCGUGGCCCAGGUCAUGGCCUGCGCGUGGCUGCGGCCCGUCGACUUCCCGCCGGCCGUCGAGCCCUUCAAGCUGGACCCGCUCUACCUGGUGGAGGCCGAGCCCGGCGAGCUGGAGGAGGACGAGCUGGAGGUGAAGAGCAUCCUGGAGGCGCUGGGCAUCACCGCCGAGCACCUGCACAACAACCAGGGCAAGGACUGCCGCAGCUCCAUCACCGGCGUCUACCGGAUCCUGCUGCACCGGGCGCACAAGCGCCGCGCCGUGGACAGCAUGCCGGUGGUGACGCGCGUGGUCAGCGCCCCCGUCGCCUCGUACCCUAAAAAGGACCGCCUGAAGGCCUACCGGAGCCUGCGGCACACGUCCAAGCUGUGCGUCAUUCUCUGAUCUCUGCAGAGGGACUAGUCUUAAACAGGGAUUGGCCUAUUUCUUUUUGAGAGCGUGCAAGAGUGUGGUGCUUGAGUGGACUAGAGAAGUAUAGAACAUGUAUUUUUCAUUAUGACAAGAACAUAAAAUGAAUUGCCUGAUCAGGAGAAGGUGAACAUGGAGCUCAUCUUGUCGAACUUUGCGUAUGAACACCUUUGAGUUUGUGUGAUGAU